CACCGUUUUGCUUUGUCUCUAUUCUCCUGCCAAAACGCACCGUUUCGGGGUUUUCUAUUGAAAAAGCGCCUCUCUUCGACUCUUGAACCCUAUUUGAGUGAGGCCAAACAAUGGAAGAAGGAGAAGAAAGAAAGGAAGGGGUGGUGAGGGAAGGAGUAGCAUCAAUAGCACUGUUGCCAUGUGGGUCCCUUUCAGGCCACUUCAUCCAACUUCCCCAUGCCAUCUGCUUUGGCCUUCAUGGCACUGAGUUGGCAUGUGAAAGAGAAUGCAGCAGGGGCGAGGAUUACCGCUUGAUCAAGCUCACAAUCACAGACUUUAGUAGUAAGAGAGAACAAACUGUCAUAGUAGAGUGCAGAGGCCAUGAUGCUGCUCGGUUCCACAGCAUCGAUCGUGCUCAUGGGUGGGAGAUGGAUGUUGUGGGUAUGGUUGAGCAGAAGCAUGGGAAGAACAAGAUUGUGGUUUCUUUUGAGUGUGAGACACUGAAAGCUGAUAAAGCAGCCGAAGACCAUAUUAGACAGUUCAUGCCAAAAUUAGCAGGGCUAGAUGCUGUUGGUAAGUUACUCUGUGCCUGUCAUUCCCCCAUUUAUAACUUACAAGAAGCUGCCACAGUUGAUCAAGCAAGAACUUGGGGUCCCAGCUUUAUACCUUACAUAUGGUUUAAGUGAUGUGACUCUUUGAUUGGGAUCAUUCUGGAAGUAGAAAGUCAGGAUUGAUUACUAUAGUCGCAUAAUAGGUGUUUUUGGCUGCUAUUCAACAGUGUCUACUAGCCUAUAUUGUGUACAUGCCAAGGAUUUACAGGUUAAUUGCAAUGAACACCUGUGGAGCUUUAGAAUUGCUUGAAACCUUAUUUUUCAGGUGCAAGUGGAUGCAACUUACGGGAAGAAAGAUUUUUGAGAAGGAUCUAUAGUGGCUUCUUUGGUAAAAUUUUAGCAAAAAUCCUUCAAGAAUGACCCCUAAGAAUCACUGAACCUGGCCUGUUUCGAGCCAGAUCCCCCUUGAAAUCAUUCUAUCCUGCAGUUUUUGUAAUUUCAAAUGUCCGAGUGCUUUACUUUGCUGUGGUCUGUUUUAAAUGCAUUCUCCUUAGUUUGUUACUUACAUGAUAUGUUGAUUCGUGUAGUUAACAUUGGGCGGAUGAGCAUCACAGGAUUGGACUUGGAAGCAGCGGAGACAGAUGACACGGAGACUGCAAAUUAGUUGCACAACUACACUGAAAAAAGAUUUAAAAAAGUGCAUGCAUUUUUGUUUAAAUCUCUUCUUGCAUUUGCUUCCGUGUUAAUUGUAAGCAGCUUGAAUGUUUUUAUGUCGCCAUCAUUCAACCACUACCCAUUUUUGUAUAAAUUUGCCCUGUAAAAUGCGUACUCUUUCAUCUUCGAAAAUCAUAGCCGAACUUUCUUAUAACCUAAGCAAAA